CAACCAGAUUCAUUUUAAACAUGUAGAAAAAACUGUAGUUUUUUCCCAAGCUUAAACGAGCCCCAUUGGAAUAUCAUGAACUCGUUUUUUUGAUCAAUUUAUUUAUUUUACGUGAUGCAUAUUCACAGGCCCAACCUUAUACCGUUUGAAACUGGGUACUACAUUUGACUUUGGCUCGCAUUUAGGCGUUUAGACACAACAGACAAUGAAAGCAAUUUGUGGUCGUUGUUCUGCGGGAACGAUGGAAUAUUUGGUACUCAAAAUGAGUUAAAAUGAAAGAGUUCUUCUGUAUUUGCUGUUAUGGAAGCAUAUGUGGCGUGGAAGAGGAUGGGAAGCAACUGCUUGGUACCACAGGAACAUUUGCCAGACAAAUGAUAGGAUCAUGUGAAGGUGAUGGAAGAGAAUUAAAGAAAAGAAACAAGAAAAUUAUAGCAUCCAAAGAGAUCAAACUGAUAUGGGCAAAUAAUCGACAAACAAAUGCAGUGUUCAGUAAACUUGGAGCAGAGGAUAUUGUCACUCGCUAUGAUAAGCUUUUGCAUGAAUGGAAGUUGAUGAAAGAUGCUGAACAAAACUUUAAGAGGGUUAUGGGUUUGGAUCUUGAUCGACCUCUCACACAUUGCUUGGACAGUAUUCCUCCAGACAUGAGGAUUGGGUUCAGUCAUGGUACAGAUGACAGUGAAUAUGAAUUCCACUUGGAUGUUCACCCUUUGGUCUCAGUCGAUAAACUCAAACCACCAGUGGCUGAACAACUGAAAACAGCCAUGCAUCUCUUCAGCGUGAUUUCUAGCACAAUGAACUUUGUAAAGUCUGAAGGAGCAUCAAUACAGCGAGAUCUUGAAAAGCUGAUUGCUAAAUUUAAGGAUGAAAAAGAAACCUGUGUUAACAUAUUGGGAGUGAGGCGCAGUGUGGAACUGCUAAAUGUACAACAAGUGGAGCAGGCUCUCCUUAUUGUCAAGGACAUUAUCUCUUUUACAUCAGCACGUAGUCACGCCUUGAUGGAAUACAUCGUUGCACAGGGAGACAAAGUUGACUUGUAUGUGUCUAAAGCUGAUCCACAGAAUCCAAAGGUGAUUAUCUUUUCGAAGAAAUUAAGGAAUUCAAAAAAGGAGAAGACAGGUUCUAAUUAAUUUGAAAUAAUUUUUUUGCUUUUUGUGUGUAUGUUAUUGUAUAUUUAGAUGGCUUAAGGUACAUUAAAUUGUGUGAUAGGUUGUUGUUUGAAGCCAGUUGGUUGUGAAACCCACUGGUUGUCAGAUCAUCUUGCACAGUGCUUUCAAAUUGUGAUCCAAAAACCGAAAAAAAUUAUUUUUGAAUGGAUUCUAACAUCCUAACAUUGAUGUCUGGUGAUAAAAAGUUACUAAAAUAUGUCCCAGAAUGCAAGAAAUCUUGUCUUAGAGAGUUUUAAAUUUUUUCCAGACCCCCAAGGUAUGCUUUAGGAUGUAGGUUGUGGCAACAUGUUAUAGGCAAACAUUGUAGCAGCAAUUGGCUUCAGUUGAUACGUUGAAUUUCAGUUGAAGUCUUGAUCCCAGUGACACAGCUGCAAAUUACACAAAUACAAAUUGGUUUUGGAGUUGUGCAUUGUUCAUGGCAAAUGGCUUCAGUGGGCUUCAAAUAUUGGUCAUAGCAUCUUAUUGUGAGUCCUAAGAUUUCACUUUAAAUUUCCUUUUGGGAUUGGAAUAAAUUUACAACUAGCACUUAAUCAUAUAUAAGCUAUUAUGGACUGAAGAAAAUUGAUAUCACUACUGCUGCUAGUGCUGCAUUUUUUUUCCAAUGGUUAUCCACACACUAAAACUUUUUUUUCCCUUUUCACUUUUAAGCUUCUGAGUGGGUUUAUUUUUUGGGUGGCCCAUACGAAGGGUGAGACCAUGAGAUUGAGCAGGCUUAUUCUUGUGGCCUUACCCCUUGCACGGGAACCCAAGUAAUACUCUUUUCAUAGGCUUUUUCAAAUGUGGCUGGUCCACAAAGGAAAGUGCUGGUAAUAGGGCAAAAUUUUAAAGAAUGUGGCAUUAUCAUCACCUUAAAACAAAUUAUUUUAUUUUCAGAAUUUAAUUUAUUGAUUGUUUAGUAUCUGUAGAAUUACUUUUUUUUUUUCUUAGAAGCUCAGAGAGUCAAAUUUAUAAGUAUAUUUAAGUAAAUUGGUGAAUUUUGUAAAUGUAAUUUACACAACACUUCCUGCUUAUAUAUCCCUUUAAUUGCAAAUAUUAACAAGAAUGUGACAUGUUGGGCCUUAUCUUUGCAAGUUGCCAAAGUUCAAAUAUCAAUUCUUUGUUCUGUCUGUGAAAAAAAUGUGGUACAGUUUUAGCUCUAAUAGUUUGUGUUAAAAUAAACAAUGUCUCUCAGUUGAUGCUUUAUUACUUUCUUUCUCCUAUCAAAUUAUUUGCUUUAAAAUGUAUUGAUAUGGUUAGGACUGAAAUUUCUCAUUAGAUUGAAAAGGCACAUUAAUUUUUUUUUUUUUUUGAUGUAACACUAUCAGCUGUGCAAGGAAUGAACCUAUGUACACUAAGACUCAAAUUAAAGAGGAUUAUUGAAGUAUAAAGUAAAAAUUGAAAUUAAUUUUUUUGCUUGUGUAAACAACAUUUAGUCAUUGUAAAUUUAAGUAGUAAGUAACCUUAAUUCAUUGAAUCCUUUAGCUUCAAAUUCAAUCAAAAUUUGUGAAAUUAUCUUUAUACAAAUUGAUUGGGAGAUAUUUUGUGGGUAUAGAUAUAGUGUAUAGGGGAAAUUAAUUAAUUUUAGCAAAUAAGACUGAUCAAAAUGAUGUAUUUCUGGAAAAAGUAAUAUAUUCUACAAUAGUUAUUAUUACUAGCUAGCCUGAAAUCUUAACUUAUUUCUUGUUUGAUGAUAAUGAGAAAAUCACAUAAUGUUUGAGCAGCUUACACCUAAUAAUGAUCUUCUUUUCUAUUCUUGAUUUGACUUUGUAUUUUGUGAAGCUCUCAAUAAAUUUUUUGAAUCAAU